AUGGUGAGUGCUCAUCACGCUCGCUACAAGGCAUCGCAUGCUGACUUGCCCUCCUCCUCCUCCUCCUCCUCACCUCGCAGUCUCAGCAGCAAGACACUUCUCGCAAGCGUCGUCGCUCGCCAACGCGAGGUACAUUGGGUCAAGGUCCUCUGGACGCCUCUUCCCCAGCCGACGGACCUAGCGGGGCAGGAUUGGGGGCGUUGGCAGCUUCGACUCCAGGAGCUCUUAGCAAUCGAUCUAGUCCCCCUCCUUCUAGUCUUCCUCCCUCUAGCCCUCCAGGUGCGGGAUUCAGCGACUUUGCUUCGGAUGCUGAUGAAGCUAAUGAAGAGGAUGUGAUCGACGAAGAGAAUGACGCGCGCGCACUCGGAGAUGACGAGGACGACGAAGAGGGGGAGGACCUGUUUGCUGAAGGAAUGGAAGAGUGAGUAGCAGCAGCAGGCCAAUAGAGGUCAGCUAGAUGCAAGACUGACAGAUUCAUUCUUACUUGACGGCGUGGCAGUGACUACAAUGGCAAUGCCGCCUUGGACGCUUAUGACCCCAAGGAUAUCGACGACGAUGUCUCGGUUGACGAGAUGGACCCUCAAGCGCGUCGCGUAGCCGAGCUCAAGAUGGCUCGCCGUGAUCGUCAAGAGCGCGCAGCAGCCGGAGCAGGUGCUCGUCGUUCUCGCGCGCCUGCAUUCCUGCAGUCGGACGACGAGGACGAGGAUCGAGACGUGGUGGGAGGAGGUCGUCGUAGACGUCAUUACGAUGAGCGCAUGGAAGAAGAGUUUGAUGUUGGAGCUGAAGACUUGCCACUCGAACAACUCGGAGACGUCAAGACGGACAGCAUCGCCUCUUGGGUCGCUACGGAGAACGUUCGCCGCACGAUCGAGAGGGAAUUUAGAAAUUUCCUGGUCACCUACGUCGACGAUAAUGGUGUUAGCGUGUACGGCCAACGCAUCAAAGUGCUGGGUGAACGUGAGUACUGGAUGCAGUCGCCCAUCUGUUGAAGAGAUUGAUUGAUCGCUUGGUCCAUGCACGCAGUCAAUUCCGAGUCACUCGAGGUAUCUUUCCUGCAUCUCGUCGACAGCAAGGCGAUCUUGGCCUACUUCUUGGCAAACUCCCCCGCAGCCAUGCUUCCUAUUUUCGAUCAGGUCGCUUUCGACGUCAUCAUGCUAUACUACCCGCACUACGACCGCAUCCAUCCCGAAAUCCACGUGCGCAUCUCCGAUCUGCCAACCUCUUCGACUCUACGCGAUCUUCGUCAAGAGCACCUCAAUUCGCUUGUGCGCGUGUCUGGCGUUGUGACUCGCCGCACCGGCGUCUUUCCACAACUCAAGUACGUCAAGUUCGACUGUCUCUCGUGCGGCGCUGUUCUCGGUCCCUUCUUUCAGGACGCGAAUCAGGAAGUCAAAGUCAGCUAUUGCAACAAUUGCUCCAAGAGAGGCCCGUUUCAAGUCAACAGCGAGCAGACCGUGUACCGCAAUUAUCAAAAGAUGACUCUGCAAGAGUCGCCCGGUAGUGUGCCUCCUGGAAGGCUGCCCCGACACCGCGAGGUCAUCCUCCUUUGGGACUUGAUCGACAGCGCAAAGCCCGGAGAAGAGGUGGAGGUGACGGGCAUCUACCGCAACAAUUUUGACGCUGCGCUGAACACCAAGAACGGUUUCCCAGUCUUUGCUACUGUGCUCGAAGCGAACCACAUUGCAAAGAGGGACGAUGCGUAUGCUGCGUUCCGCAUGACGGAAGAGGACGAGAGAGCUGUGCGAGCGCUUGCCAGGGACGAGCGCAUUGGACGACGUAUCUUGAAGAGCGUGGCGCCCAGCAUUUAUGGUCACGAAGACAUCAAGACUGCCAUUGCGCUUUCCCUUUUUGGAGGAUGCGCCAAGGACGUAGGGGGCAAGCAUCGUAUCAGAGGCGAUAUUAAUGUACUUCUUCUCGGUGACCCUGGAACGGCCAAGUCGCAAUUCUUGAAAUACGUCGAAAAGACUGCGAGCAGAGCAGUCUUCACCACUGGUCAAGGAGCUAGCGCCGUUGGUCUCACUGCUAGCGUCCGCAAAGACCCCGUGACCCACGAGUGGACCCUGGAAGGCGGUGCUCUGGUACUCGCAGACAAGGGCGUUUGCCUCAUCGACGAGUUCGACAAGAUGAAUGAUGCUGACAGGUAAGUCAGGAUUCGCAACAAUGAGUCGAUGAGAGCGCGCGUACUGAUGUCGACUAUAUUGUCGCGCGAUAGAACAUCCAUCCACGAGGCGAUGGAACAACAAAGCAUCUCCAUCAGUAAAGCAGGUAUCGUCACAACCCUGCAAGCCAGGUGUGCGAUCCUCGCCGCUGCUAACCCUACACGUGGUGUGAGUCCCUUCAAAGACGCUUCAAACCUCUGAGAUCACAGUCGCUGAUGAUCAAAGCUACCUGUCUGGAUACCGCGCAGCGCUACAACCCAACUAUUCCCUUUGCGCAGAACGUCGAGCUCACCGAACCCAUCUUGUCGCGUUUCGACGUGCUUUGCGUCGUCAAAGACACGGUGGACCCGGUCAAGGACGACAUGCUGGCGCGCUUCGUGGUGGGAUCGCACUUGCGAUCACACCCUCGCUUCGACGAAGAUGUUGACGAGUCGAGAGUGGCGACGUCUCUAGAUGCGGACAUUAUCCCUCAAGAUUUGCUGCGCAAGUACAUCAUGUAUGCGCGCGCGCACGUCAGACCCAAGCUGCACUCGCUCGAUCAGGAUAGGAUGGCGAGGCUCUAUGCUGAUCUGAGGCGAGAAUCCUUGUCGACGGGAAGCUACCCCAUCACUGUGAGGCACCUGGAGAGCAUGAUCAGGAUGGCGGAAGCGAGCGCCAAGAUGCACCUGCGCGAUUAUGUGCGAGCGGACGACAUCGACUUGGCCAUACGAACGACGGUGGAGAGCUUUGUGAGCGCGCAAAAAAUGAGCAUCAAGAGGACGUUGGAGCGGGGAUUCAGAAAAUACCUGCACAGCAGUAGAGAUCACGAUGAGCUGCUGGCCUUUUUGCUCGGUGGAUUGGUCAAGGAUAGAAUGAGAUUUGCGGCCGUUGCGCAUAGGAGAAGGCAUCCUGAAGAGGCUCAAGCUGAAAUGGUGUCGGUACCGCUCAAUGCGCUCGAAAGCAAGGCAAAGGAACUGAACAUCUUUGAUGUCAGACCUUUCUUGAACUCGAGACUCUUCCAGGCCAACGGAUACGCGUUUGACGAGCAGCAGAGAGCGGUGACGAAACGCUUUGGCGCUGUCAGUAGAGGUGCUGAACAGCUGUGA